UCAGAUAAAAGGAACUGGAAAUUUGAUUAUUAUGGAAGCCCAUUCGAUGCAUCAAACGGGAGUACAAUGAAAAUACAAAUGACAUUGAAUGAAGCUAUAUGUUCAGAUGCUGGUUUGUAUUUCUGUACCGUGAACUACAUCAAUCAAGAACAUGAUUUGGUUUUUAAAUCCCGGAAUCAAAGCGUCACCAGUUCAUCGCGAUUAGUUCCCGUCUCUUUGACUCUAUUUCCCCAACAUGACGUAGGACUGGGUCAAUUUGUGUCGUCCAAUCCUGCUGGAUCUAAUGUUACAUUGACAUGUAAUGUUACAGGUCCUGAAGAUCUAUUCUUUAAAUGGAAGUACGGCAAAUCUAGUGCAAGUCUUAGCAAUUUUUUGAUAUAUCCUGUACAAAACGAUAUAUCAGUUGCUAAACCUGUGCGGGUUAGUUCUGGGACAACCUGUAUCCAGUACCUUCAUUCGUCAACACUGAAGUUUCAAACAGAAGACAUGUAUGAUGGCUACAUGUAUGUGUGUAUGGUGACAGCGAACAAUGAUGAAACAAUGGUUGGGAACAUGACGAUAAAGAUUGAACAAGAAGCAUCCAAGCUAGAUUCUGCAACAGACGACUACAACUUUCUUUACUACGUCGUCCCUGUCGCUGUUGUGGUUGUUGUAGGAGUUGUUGGGGUAGCCGUUUGCUUUGUUAAAGUGUAUCGAAAGGGAAAAAUAAGGAAAGUUACGUUUGCUCCACCAAACAAUGAAUCAUCUCGAUCAGUUGACAGUGAUGGAUAUCUGGUACCUUUCUAUGAAGAUGAAGGGUAUGCAGUAAUAAAAGAAAUUUCUAGAAACGACUUGCAGAAUGGCGCUUUGAAUCAGACUUCUGUGUACGAACAGGAUAAUGAAGAUAUAGAAAAUCCUUAUAGUACAAUAGGCGACCCUGAUUUUAUCAAAGAAAAUGCUUCUAGUGACGAACUAUCACACGGCACAAACGAACAUGAAAGGAACCAACAAAUGGACACUAAUGUGUCUGAAUAUUCGGAAAGUGAAAAUAAUAUAAACAUACAACUUAACAUUGAGAACGUUAGCCAACGUAAUUUGGACAUGGAUGGACAGCAUGAAAUUAUCUCGAAUAGAAAACUUGACAAUACUUUGGAAGGAAAUCUUGACGACAAAACCAACGGAGAAUACAAUUCUGUUCAAACUUACGAAAUUGAUAAUUCUAAAAGCCUUUUGAAAGAACCUGGCGAUACAGUUAAUUCGACAGAAUAUUUAGAACCCAUUAUUUCUUCUGAGAGAAAACGUGACGAAAACAUGGAUGAAAUAAAAGACGAAAACACAAAGGAAGGUAACAAUUUAGUCCCAACUCUUGAAAUUACUGGUUAUAAGAAACUAUAUGACACAUCUACAGAUACUGCGACAGAUUACAUUGAACCAAACAUUUCUUCAGAGACAGAUCUAACAACAAACUUGGAUGAAAAACUUGACAAAAAUACAGACAAAGUUAACAGUACUGUCCCAACUCAUGAUAUGAAUGGUUAUCUGAAACUGUAUGACACAACUGCAGUUUCUGUUAAUUCGGCAGACUAUUCAGAACCAGCGAUUACUUUUGAGGGAAAACUUGAUAAAAACUUAGACGGAGAAUUUGACAAAAAUAAAAACAAAGUUUACAAUUCUAGACCAACUCAUGACGAAAAUGAUUACCUGAAAAUAUAUGACACUACUGGAGAUACUACCAAUUUUACAGAAAACUUAAAACCAGACAUUUCUGCGGAUGAAAAAAAUUAAAAUGUUCUGUAUUUUUUUACGUGGACUGUGUCGGGAUCAUCAUUAUAGUUUGUCUGUAAUUUCUAAUAUUCAAAUGUACACUAAUACUUGUAAAUAUUUAAUAUAGAAUAUUAAUAUCGUUAACAAUGUAGUAUGUAAACCUUUUAUUUCUCUCUUAGUGUCUGUAUAGCAUAAUAAGAAUCAAAACAAUGCAAAAAAUUACAAAUGUAUUAGCGCAACUUAAAUAGAGCAAUAUUAAUAAUUAUAUUAAAUUAGUGUUAAAAUAAUCUUAGCCAUCGUCACACUUUAUUGCCUGUAAACCAUGAAUUUUAUAAUUCUGCUUUGUGAAAGUGUCGCAACAAUAUGUUACAGUUAAUCGAUAACAAUGUGCAACCUUUGUUCAUUAUGUUAAAAAACAAGAUGCAGUCUAUUUUUUAUAUUAUCCAUUGCUUAAUGCAUUUAUGUUAACUGCUUCAGCAUACAGUAUAUAAGCCAAAUAUUGUUUAAUGUUUACCAAAUACUAUUUUAGAUAAUAUAAAAACUGCAGUAGAAAAGAGGAAGACUGUGAAGUUUGUCAUUCAAUUAACGAGACGUUUGCAUUUGCUAUAUAAAAUGGAAUUAAUAAAGUUUACAUUUAUUUUUGGUCUUUUAAAUUUAAUAUUACGUGGCUACUAUGACACCAAGAGUCUCGGCUGUGGCCGAUAAUUCA